AUGCCGAGCCUCCCGGCCCCGCCGGCCCCGCUGCUGCUCCUCGGGCUGCUGCUGCUCGGCCCCCGGCCGGCCCGCGGCGCCGGCCCCGAGUCCCCCGCGCUGCCCAUUCGGCCCGAGAAGGAGCCGCUGCCCAUUCGGGGAGCGACAGGCUGCUCCUUCGGCGGGAAGGUCUAUGCCUUGGACGAGACGUGGCACCCAGACCUGGGGGAGCCCUUCGGGGUGAUGCGCUGCGUGCUGUGCGCCUGCGAGACGCCUCAGUGGGGUCGCCGCUCAAGGGGCCCGGGCAAGGUCAGCUGCAAGAACAUUAAACCCGAGUGCCCAGCCCUGUCCUGCGGACAGCCGCGCCAGCUGCCGGGACACUGCUGCCAGACCUGUCCCCAGGAGCGCAGCGGUCCCGAGAGGCAGCCCACAGGCCUGGCCUUCGAGUACCCGCGGGACCCAGAGCACCGCAGCUACAGCGACCACGGGGAGCCGGGCGCUGAGGACCGGGCGCGCGGAGAUGGCCACACGGACUUUGUGGCGCUGCUGACAGGGCCGAGGUCGCAGGCCGUGGCACGGGCCCGAGUGAUACUGCUGCGCUCUAGCCUGCGUUUCUCCAUCUCCUACCGGCAGCUCGACCGCCCAACCCGAAUCCGCUUCUCAGACCCCACUGGCAACGUCCUGUUUGAACACCCUGCAGCUCCUAACCAAGAUGGUCUGGUCUGUGGGGUGUGGCGAGCAGUGCCUCGGUUGUCUCUGCGGCUUCUUCGGGCAGAACAGCUGCAUGUGGCACUUGUAACACCCAGUCAUCCUUCUGGGGAGGUCUGGGGGCCUCUCAUCCGGCACAGGGCCCUGGCUGCAGAGACCUUCAGUGCCAUCCUGACCCUGGAAGGCACCCCGCAGCAGGGCAUAGGGGGCAUCACCCUGCUCACUCUCAGUGACACAGAGGAUUCCUUGCACUUUUUGCUGCUCUUCCGUGGGCUGCUGGAAUCCAGGAGUGGGGGACCAGCCCAGGCUCCCUUGCGGCUCCAGAUUCUACACCAGGGGCAGCUGUUACGAGAGCUCCAGGCCAAUGCCUCAGCCCAGGAGCCAGGCUUUGCUGAGGUGCUGCCCAACCUGACAGCCCAGGAGAUGGACUGGCUGGUGCUGGGGGAACUGCAGAUAGCCCUGGAGAGGGCAGGCGGGCCCGGGCUGCGUAUCAGUGGACACAUUGCUGCCAGGCAGAGCUGCGAUGUCCUGCAAAGUGUCCUUUGCGGAGCUGAUGCCCUGAUCCCAGUUCAGACGGGUGCGGCUGGCUCAGCCAGCCUUACACUGCUAGGAAACGGCUCCCUAAUCUACCAGGUGCAAGUGGUAGGUACAGGCAGUGAGGUGGUGGCCAUGACCCUGGAAACCAAGCCUCAGCGGAGGGACCAGCGCACUGUCCUGUGCCAGAUGGCUGGACUCCAGCCGGGAGGACACAUGGUUGUGGGUGUCUGUCUUGGGCUGGGUGCCCGAGGGGCUCAUAUGCUGCUGCAGAAUGAGCUGUUCCUGAACGUGGCCACCAAGGACUUCCCCGAUGGAGAGUUGCGGGGGCAUGUGGCUGCCCUGCCCUACAGUGGGCACAACGCCCGCCAUGACACACUGCCCGUGCCCCUGGCAGGAGCUCUGGUGUUGCCCCCUGUGCAGAGUCAGGCAGCAGGGCAUGCCUGGCUGUCCCUGGAUACCCACUGUCACCUGCAUUAUGAAGUGCUGCUGGCUGGGCUUGGUGGCUCAGAACAGGGCACUCUUACUGCCCAUCUCCUUGGUCCCCCUGGGAUGCCAGGGCCCCGGCGGCUGCUGAAGGGAUUCUAUGGCUCAGAGGCCCAGGGCGUGGUGAAGGACCUGGAGCCCGAGCUGCUGCGGCACCUGGCGCAGGGCACUGCCUCCCUGCUGAUCACCACCAAGGCGAACCCCCAGGGGGAGCUUCGAGGGCAGGUGCACAUCGCUAACCAAUGCGAGGUGGGCGGCCUGCGUCUGGCUGAGGCCGGGGCCCAGGAGCCCAGGAAGCCCGGGGCUUCCGAUGCAGCAGCAGCUGCACUGCCCGCAUUGCCCGCUGUGCUCAGCCCUGAUGCUCCAGUGCCUGUCAAACCCGGUGGCCCCUGGAGAGCCCGAGACUCCAACACCUGCUUCUUCGAGGGGCAGCAGCGCCCCCAUGGGGCUCGCUGGGCACCUAACUAUGACCCGCUCUGCUCACUCUGCACCUGCCAGAGACGCACUGUGAUUUGUGACCCUGUGGUGUGCCCGCCGCUCAGUUGCCUGAGCCCAGUGCAGGUGCCAGACCAGUGCUGCCCUGUGUGCCCUGAGAAACAAGAUGUCAGAGACCUGCCAGGGCUGCCGAGGAGCAGGGACCCUGGAGAGGGCUGCUAUUUUGAUGGUGACCGGAGCUGGCGGGCAGCGGGUACCCGGUGGCAUCCUGUUGUGCCCCCCUUUGGCUUAAUUAAGUGUGCCGUCUGCACCUGCAAGGGGGACACUGGAGAAGUGCACUGUGAGAAGGUGCAGUGUCCCCGGCUGGCCUGUGCCCAGCCUGUCCGCGCCAACCCCACUGACUGCUGCAAACAGUGUCCAGUGGGGUCUGGGGCCCACCCCCAGUUGGGGGACCCCAUGCAGGCCGAUGGGCCCCGGGGCUGCCGUUUUGCAGGGCAGUGGUUUCCGGAGAGCCAGAGCUGGCACCCCUCAGUGCCCCCCUUUGGGGAGAUGAGCUGUAUCACUUGCAGAUGUGGGGCAGGGGUGCCCCACUGUGAGCGGGACGACUGUUCGCUGCCACUGUCCUGCGGCCCAGGGAAGGAGAGUCGCUGCUGCUCCCACUGCACACCCCGACAGUCUGCAGAGACCAGGACAGUUCCAGAGCUGGAGAAAGAAGCCGAGGGCUCCUAGGGAGCAGCUGGAAGGAAGGACGCAUGACCAAGAGGAUGGGGCUUGGGCUGGGGGAAGGAACGCCGAGGACCCUGCAUUCUCCUGCGGGAAACUCAGUGCCUUUGGCUCCUCUUUUCUGCCUCUUCUCUCUCCCCCACUACCUCUGGGAACCA